GUACUUUGAACGUGUUACACAGCACUUCAACCUGCAGGAAAUAGACUGACAAGGUACUGUAGCACCAAUGGAUCACUUUGGAGAGAUCAUCGAAGUGUGCAUGCCGGACAUGGAUCUUCUAAUUUGGACAUAAAAUGCAUCGAAUCGGAUUGAUAAUUUGCUGUGUGUGGCUCACAUAUCGAAGUGAUUCAGCGAUUGUCUGAGAGCAGACUCGGUAAAUUGCGAAGGCGAGUUUUCCGUGAAUGUCGUCAAUCUCUCCCGGAGAAGAUUACCGGCACUAGUGUACGAGAGCAAGAAAUCGGGAGCUUAAUGGCUUGAUCGUUAUACCGACUUAUGAUGUGCAUCGAGGGAAUUGUUCCAAAUUGUAUUCUGUAAAAUAUGUGAGAAGAGCGGAGUAUGGUGGAGAAAAUGCCUGAAGCUAUAUCUUUCUCGCCAAUGUUGUACAGUUCUUGAAUAAAGUCGCGCCACCAAGCGGAUCUAGAUGCUGAGAAUGCACAGAGCAGAUCUGCAAUUGAAGAAUUAUACUCCACUUUUACUGCUUCGCUUCUGUCUGAGUCUAAUUUAGCUCAAGAAAAAUGACGAGGACAGCUGAUUUCACUCAAAAGCCAGUUGGAGCUGUAUUGCUGCGCAUCGUGAGCCGAGCGCAGGCGUUGUUAGCAGAGCUGCUCCGUUUGUCAGAUCGUGUGCCACCGGUGUUUCAUCCUAAUACGGAUUCUCGAUUUGCCCCAGUUAUAUUUGGCUUCAGAUAUCUUAAGUCGCCCGAGCUCUUUGAAGAGCGCAUCGAAGCCAGUGCGGACCUGCUUGCUUUGGAUGACGAAUUUCGGGAAACCUACCAGAACUUUCUCGAACGAAUUUUUUUCCUUUUCGAUGGAAUCGUAAAAUACUACAGUGAUGUUAUGCGCUAUCUAGAAGAUCUGCAGGAAGGAGUAUAUAUUGAAAGCACAGUGGAAAGCGUACUGGUAGAUGAAGAAGGUCGACAGUUACUGGUGGAAGCAGUGACUCUACAUGGAGUACUCAUAUUGCUCUUAGAACACAGGCUUAGUGGCCCUCUCCGGGAACAACUUGUCAUCGGGUAUUAUCGAAGCAGGGGAUCGACUGAUAUUCCAAAUUUUGAUGCUAUAUGCACCCUUUGUCGCUCGUCUCCUUCACCUUCAGUCUCCGCAAUGGCCUCUGUUGCCUCUUUUGCUCAACUCUUGCAAGGAGCCCCUCCUCCUGUUCCUUCGAAUAUGUUAAUGAUUUCCCGGCCAGAGGAAUUGCUGGCGAAUUUUUUGUUCCCCAAACAUGUCAUUCAGACCAUGAUUGGGCAGCUUCUUAGCGAUGACCUUUACCAUCAAGUCCGCCAUUAUCCAAAUCCAGAGCAUAGGAGUACUGCGCUGUCGUCACAAGCGAGUUCUUUGUAUAUUCUGUUGUUUUAUGCCCCGCAGAUGCUGCACAACGACCAACUUGCAAUGCGUGGGAUCGUGGACAAGUUUUUCAGGGAGUGCUGGGUGAUUCCAAUAUUUAUGGGCUUCACGGUGGAUCUCUCUCAAGCAUGGGAUAGGUUCAAGGCAGCCAAAGCUGCUCUUUCUCCUUUCAUUGCAAUAUCUGCAGCUUCGGAACUUGUUCAACGGCAUACGUCGAAAGUAACAGUCCUCUUAUCAGAACUAGGUGCUUUCCUCUCAGAAGGGGUUUUGACACAAGAUUUUGUUCUCAGUAACAUGUCCAGCCUUUUAUCCUGUCUAAGGAAUUGCAAUGUAACAUUGCGCUGGCUUCUACUGCAUCGGACUACAGGAAGUAGGAAGCUUCGGGAUGCAGUAGCAGGGAAUCCAGCCGCUCAAGAAUCAGCUCUUGAUACUUUGCUUUCUCUGCUUCUGGAUACUGCACGGUUGGAAUUCGAGGUGAAGCGGAUUUAUGGAGAUCUAUUAGAAGGCAAGCAAGGACGAUGGGAACAAUGCAGGGCUCAUGCUGUUGAUUGCAUCGAAGAACUCUCUGAAUUUUUUUCUGGCUCAAAGAUCUUAUCCAAGAGGGUUGCAGAUGAAAAUUUGCAGCGCUGGUUCCAGCAAAUGUCUAUCCAGGUGAAUGUGUUGGAUUAUCCAGAAGCGAUUAGUGCGGGUCGGAAAAUUCAACAGAUUAUUGCAGCGUUGGAGGAGGUUGAACAAUUUCAUCAGAUUGAAGCUAGUCUUCAGACGAGGCAAUAUUUGUCUGAAACACGAGCCCAGCUUCAUGAAAUGGUCAGAACUCUCAAUGUGCAGGAGAGUACGCUUGCCACUGUGUCUGUGGUAAGCGAUGCAGCAUAUGCAUGGGGGCUCAUCGAUACCUUCACCGAGCGGAUACAUGAACGCAUCCGUGCUGAACCUUUCACAGUGUUGAAACUUCAGUGUCUGUUUUUGAAAUUACGUUCCAUCAUGGACAUUCCUCUACUCCGCAUUUCACAGUGUAACAGUUUAGAUCUACUUUCAGUGUCGGAGUACUAUUCUUCAGAGCUUGUAGCCUACGUACGAGCCGUGUUGGAGAUUAUACCUGUCAGCAUGUUUGCUAUUCUCAAUGAUGUGAUAGCUGUCCAAACGAAGCGGCUACGUGACUUGCCUGCACGCCUUGAGAAAGUCCAUCUACGCGAUUACGCGCAGUUAGAAGAACGUUUUACUCUAGCCAAAGCAACACAUCAGGUUGCAGUCUUCACUCAGGGUUUGCUUGCAAUGAAGCUGACGUUUAUGGGAGCGAUAGAACUGGAUCCAAGACAGUUGCUGGAGGAUGGGAUCCGUAAGCAGCUAGUGGGGCAACUUGCUUUUGCGCUUCAAUCGAUCCUUGUAUUUACGACAGGAACUGGUGAGGAAUUAGAGGAAAAAUUGCAAGAAUUAUUCGUAACUCUUCGUUCACAACGUAGAUCUAUGGAGUAUUUUCAGGAUUACGUCCAUGUACAUGGUCUCCAACUAUGGCAAGAGGAGUUCACUCGGAUCAUCAAUUUCAACGUGGAACAGGAAUGCAACGUCUUCUUGAAACGAAAAGUCAAAGAUUGGGAAAGUGCGCUUCAGAGUACAACGGUGCCAAUCUCUUCAUAUAUGGGAACAGACAGGGGUUUGUCCAGGUCACCCACCUUUAUGGGCCAACUCGUGAAGAAGUUAUUGAAUUUGACGCAUCCGACUCGAUCCAUGUAUCUUGCACCUAUGAGUGGCUGGUUCAAUGCUGAUGGUCACGAGCUUGUUGGUUUGCAUACUUUUACUCUGCUCCAGACGAGUUUGGGUCCUACGGGAAUGGCAGGGAUCGAUCGGCUUCUAAGUUUCAAUGCAGCUAAUAGUCUUCAGCACGUUCUGAACGUACUCAGUGAACAGGUGGAUGAUGAACUCGUCGGUAAAUUGCGGAACCUUGAAGGUUCUUUGUCACCCCCUUCCGCAAUUCCAGAUGCAGGUGUCUUAGUUUACAAUGAGUUGGUUGCAAAGUUAAGUAAUCAUCAAGUAUGGUCUUCCUGGGUGGAGAAGCUUGCGCAAAUUGGACAGAUCCAGAUGCUUCGGACUCUUAUCGCAUCACAUUUGCGAGCUGCAUCCAAGGUUGAUGCGGGCCUCGUUUCCCUUGGGUUAGAAGGUCUAAAUGCUGCUGUUCUUGAUGCCAUCACUAAUACCAGCAAAUUUGUCCAGAACGACAUACACCAAACUCCUCUUUCUGGAGAAGGCAAGACUAAACUUCUAGUCGAACUGAGGAAGCAGCUGCAGAUGUGUGGACUUCAUUCACCACACUGUGCCAUCUACAUUACAUCUCCUCCUCCAGAAUACCUGUCACUGAUACUGUUUCUCGUCACACUUUCUCGGCUACCAAGAUACCUUCUUGACAGCCACCUCGGCACUUUAACGAGCAAAACGAAGAAGAAUGCGCUAGACUGCUGCCCUUUGGUGGUAGGUUUUGGUACUCUUCUCCAGCAGUUUCAUCCGUCGCAUAUCAUUUCUUAUGUACAGUACUUGGGCCAAUAUAUUCAAACACAUAUAGAGCACUCUUCAAUGGGCACGAACUCAGAUAAAAAAGCACUUGAAUUACCUUCGGAGGUACCUACAGCCGCGGCAUGGCUGCUUUCUUUAUUCAAAUACGUAAAUAUUCCUCAGAAUAUGCUGGAUUUAUGCUUACCAGCUCCCAUCCUCGAUGGGAUUGAGACUAAGUAAAGAUUGCGAUUCUGUAGAUUUGUACAUAUUGACACGAGGAUUUUGAAGGAAACGAUAAUUCCGAGUAGAAGUUCCUGACAGUUUCCGAAUUACCAACGUCGAAGGAUAUGUCCCUGAUUUCUAGAAAUCGGUAGAUUCUUUGCCAAUUGGAAUUACCAUCAAUCAGAUUUCUUGUCAGUCCAGGAACAGGUUGCCCUGUUUUGUCUACCACAGCCUUACGAAGAAGAAGAGCUUGUCUUCAGUACUAUCACGGGGUUUUGGCUGAGAACUAUCAGAACUAUUAGAUAUGCAGAACUAUCCUGCCGUAGUACACGUGAUUUUGCAUAAUAGCUAACGAAGCUUGCUGGUAGUGGAAGCGAGUUUAUGCAUGCUGAAUGAACACGGUGUCCACAGCCCCUAAAUUCUUAUGUCAGUCAGCAUCUUGAUCCUUUCCUCGGUACGAUAGUGAAUGUCUGCAACAUAUCCUUUCCGGACGCUGUACGAUGCGUCUAGUGUUUCACUUUCCCUGCUCGCGACUUCUGCUAAUUCUGUCCAAAUUCUUAUCCUUAGUUGUCGGGAAGGUGAGGGGACUAAUUUGGCAGAGUGCAAUUUUGGGAUCGCUUUUGUUGUGAAUCUUGAGGUACCCUGAAGAGUUCAAAUCCAUAUCUUGUUCUUCUUGUUGUAGCUCAUCAGAGUGCGAGAGAAAAUAUCGAACAGACGGUGACAUCCCUGAGAGUGUCCGUGAGACAGCAGAUCCCAGUUCUUGCAUUACGUACUGGAGUUGGAGAUUAUUUGUGGGAUUCAGCAUAUUCUAGAUACAUCGACUUACAUUAAGGUCGAGAGACAUAUGAAGAUUUGCCAAUGACAGAAUUGUUGGAUGGCCUGUGUGAUUCACCUAGAUUUACAAACUAAUGUGUU